UUGGUUCUUGGCCAGAGGUGUGUUUUGAGAAAGUUGCUGGCUCGUGUGCCAAAGAGAACGAAGGAAAACAACUUCAAGAGAGGAAAUACAUUUCCACGGAGGGACGUAAGCAGAAGGAGGAGGUAACUGUGUUUUUCCAGCGUGGAGUUCCCCCCCAAGGCUAUGAAAGAGGAUCUGUCCAAGGCAAGCCAGGAACAGGAAGGAAAAGGAAAAAGGAGGAGGAGCGAGGUGUCAAGUUAGCCCCGCCCUCCUAAGAGCCCAUUGGCUGGAGAGCGCGUCACUCCUUACACUUCCUGUUUGGAGGCGAGUGAGGAGCCCUUGCCCACUUACGUUCUCACUCAGCUCUUUUUCUUUUUCUCAAAAUGAGUGAAGCCCAAAACUCGCUCGUGUAAUGAGCGCAGUCUGUCGCUCGAUUUUAUUCUCAUCGUUUCCUGUGCGAGGGAGGCCAUUUUGUAACGCUGAAGAAACUUUUCCGAGCCACUUUCUCUUGAUUUGCUUUCACAUUCAAUCGUGGACUUUUCAUCAGCAGAGCACCAGGAGGAAAAGUGCCAGCAAAGAAGAAAAAGGAGGAGGAAGAGAAGUUGAGGGUGUGUGUUUCUCACGCUUCUGUAAAGUAGAGAAGACACCGUGAAGGGAGCGCAGAAAACACUUGCUGCAGAGAGGGAUCCCUUCCUGGCUUGGACUAUGCUCCGUGUGAGCCAGUGACUAACCUGCGUGUUGAGAGCUUCAUCCCGCCGAUUUCGAGGAUGGCGAACGCCAGCCCCUGCAUACCCUCAGGACCCCUGAGCCCCAUCUUCUUUCCGCCGGGGGCCUCCUCUUUGCACGGUUCGACUGCAGUGACCCCCGUCCCCGCGGGCAGCGUGUCCCCCCAGGCUGGCUUCAACGUGAUGUACUUGCCCCACGGGCUGGGUGCAUCGGGGGGUGCCGCGAUGACUUCGGUGAGCCCGACUCCUUCAGGGGUGUCCUUCAGCAUCCAGAUUGGCCUGACGCGAGAGUCGGUGCUGAUGCCGCAAAGUGCAGACUUGCCCUUCGUGAAACAAAUGGCCUGUUCCAUUGUUGACACCAAGUUCCCAGAGUGUGGCUUCUACGGUAUUUACGAUAAGAUUUUGCUGUUUAAGCACGACACAGCAACCAACAACAUCCUGCAGCUGGUUAAAACUGCAGGUGACAUUCAGGAAGGAGAUUUGGUGGAGGUGGUGCUAUCUGCGGCAGCCACAUCGGAAGAUUUCCAGAUUCGACCGCACGCUCUGAACGUCCACUCCUAUCGUGCCCCGGCCUUUUGCGAUCACUGCGGGGAGAUGUUAUUCGGGCUGGUCCGACAAGGGCUCAAGUGUGAUGGCUGCGGGCUGAAUUACCACAAGCGCUGCGCAUUCAACAUUCCAAACAACUGCAGAGCUCGGAAAAGACGCCUGUCCACUACCUCCGUGAACAGUAACCAGUCCCUGCGGCUCUCCACCAGCGAGUCCGUUCACAGCCUCGGGACCACAUCCACCUGCACCGAGGACUCCGGACUGGUCCGCUCACACACGCAAAUGCCCCGGACGCCGAGUGAGUCCCGGCGCUUUUACACGGGCCGUCCCGUACAUUUGGACAAAAUCCUAAUGAGCAAGGUGAAAGUCCCGCACACGUUUGCCGUCCACUCGUACACACGUCCCACGGUGUGCCAGUACUGCAAGAGGCUCCUUCGAGGCCUUUUCAGGCAAGGCUUGCAGUGCAAAGACUGCAAGUUCAACUGCCAUAAACGCUGCGCGUACAAAGUCCCCAACGACUGUCUGGGCGAAACCAUCGGAGAAAACAGAGGUAACAGCGAUAUGUUGAGUCCCAGUGCUGACCCCGAGGUGCCCAUGGACUACACCAGCGAUUACGACGCCUCGGACAAGUCAUCCAUGGACGACUCGGACGAGGCCUGCAGCAUCCCGGGCUCCUUUUCUCCAGAGAGCAACCAGGACGGAGUCAGCGCAGACCAGAGUGUUUACAUCCCACUCAUGAGGGUGGUCCAGUCCGUGCGGCAAACAACCCGUCGAUCCAGCACAGCUAUCAAGGAGGGAUGGAUGGUUCACUACAGCAAUAAGGACACACUGAGAAAGAGACACUACUGGCGUCUGGACUGUAAGUGUAUCAUCCUUUUCCAGAACAACACCUCAAACAAAUACUACAAGGAGAUCCCUCUGUCGGAAAUCCUGGAAGUGCGACCUGCCGGCAACUUCACCUUGGUACCCUCCGGUACAAACCCGCACUGCUUCGAGAUCAUCACGGGCACCAUGUGCUACUUUGUGGGGGAGGACCCCAACACCCUUACACCCCUGUCCCCCCAGCACGCCCUCCCCCAGUCCCCCCCGUCCCCCAGCCAAGUGGCGCCCAACAGCGGCAUCGGCCGGGAGGUGGCCAAGGCGUGGGAGAGCGCCAUCCGUCAGGCCCUCAUGCCCGUCAUCUUCCAGGAUGCCCCGCCGGCCGAGGGACACACCCCACACAGACAAGCCUCCGUCAGCAUUUCUGUGUCUAACAGUCAAAUCCAAGAAAAUGUGGACAUUGGUACAGUGUACCAGAUAUUUGCAGAUGAAGUUCUGGGGUCAGGGCAAUUUGGAGUUGUGUAUGGAGGAAAGCACCGGAAGACCGGGAGGGAUGUGGCCGUCAAGGUUAUCGAUAAGCUCCGCUUCCCGACUAAGCAGGAGAGCCAGCUGAGGAACGAGGUGGCUAUCCUGCAGAGUUUGCGCCACUUGGGCAUCGUAAAUCUGGAGUGCAUGUUCGAGACGCCGGAGAAGGUGUUUGUUGUCAUGGAGAAGCUCCACGGCGACAUGCUCGAGAUGAUCCUCUCCAGCGAGAAAGGCCGACUGCCUGAGAGGCUCACCAAAUUUCUCAUCACUCAGAUCCUGGCAGCCUUGCGACACCUGCACUUUAAGAACAUCGUCCACUGCGAUCUCAAACCCGAGAAUGUCCUGCUUGCUUCUGCUGAUCCUUUUCCCCAGGUAAAACUGUGCGAUUUCGGCUUUGCCCGAAUCAUCGGGGAGAAGUCGUUCCGUCGCUCGGUGGUCGGCACGCCGGCCUACCUGGCCCCGGAGGUCCUGCUGAACCAGGGCUACAACCGCUCGCUGGACAUGUGGUCCGUCGGCGUCAUCAUGUACGUCAGCCUCAGCGGGACGUUCCCUUUUAACGAGGAUGAAGAUAUCAAUGACCAGAUCCACAACGCUGCCUUCAUGUACCCUUCCAACCCUUGGAAACAGAUCUCCUGCGACGCCAUCGACUUGAUCAACAACUUGCUCCAAGUUAAGAUGAGGAAGCGCUACAGUGUGGACAAGAGUCUCAGCCAUACUUACUUACAGGACUAUCAGACAUGGUUAGACCUGCGAGAGCUGGAGACCAAGCUAGGCGAGCGCUACAUCACCCACGAGAGCGACGAUAGCCGCUGGCAAUCGUUCGCCCACCAGUACACAUUGACGUACCCCGCUCACCUCGUGGCCCCGCCUCCCGCGCACGCCUCGGACGACGACGAGGCCAGGGACGACACGGAUGUGCAAGGCCUCACCGAGCGAGUCAGCAUCCUCUGAAGGUCCACCGAGUGUUGGGGUGAAGUUGUUCUCCUCGCAGUGUUUACACAGUCGUCACCAUUAUCAGCUGUAUGACAGCGCUUCCAUUUCUCAAUUCUCUUUUAAUUGCUGUUUGAAAUGUUGAAAAGUUUUGCGGGUCUUUGAAACGUACUGUAGAUCUGAUUUAGAUCCACAUAUAUGAAAGUGGCAGGGGUCACAUUUGAAAAAAAAUCUGAAUUAUUCUGUUGACAUUGACAAAAAACAGAUAAAUGACACAUGAAAUUGACCAGCAGUACGACCGUAGCUUACGUUACGCUCAUUUAAUGCUAACAUUAGCCCAAAAAUGUCAGCGAGCUCACAAAUCCUGCUGUUUGCAUGUACAUUGUCUGCUUGGCGGAAAGGGCGGCGUGCAUUUCUCGCAGUUUGGCUUCUGUUUAAAACCAUAAUGAAGGUUUAAUGGCAAAUCUAAUUUUGUUUGGUGAAACGAAGCCGUCCGUCUCAAAGGUGAUAUUGACUCAUAAAAGAUGUAAAAAAAAAAUACAAUAUCCUCCCACUUGUUUGCUUCAUAACUCCUAAAAGAAAACAUUUGGAUUGGUUAUGUAAAAUAAUCAUUUGAAACACUCCCACCUAAUGAUCAAAAAAAUAGCAAUUCCUUGUUUUCAUGUGGUGCUUUCACCUGACUCAAGCUUUUCGCCGUUGUGGUCAUUCCCACAAAAUGAAUGCCCAUAAAGGUCCUGGACAACUGGAAGUAUUGAUUUGGCGACAGACAGCACAUCUUCCUGUAAUUAAUACAAACCACAAUCAUAAACUUAAAUGUUUCUGCCAGGAAACAGGGGCAGCGCUUGUAUUUCUCAUUUCUCCCAGCAUUCACAAGAAGGCCUUUUUUGUUUUAAGGACCUCUCUUUUGUGGUGUGAAUGUAGCGAGAUGAUCUAGUUUCCGCCAUGUCAAUAGGUUGCAUGUUUAUUGUAGAUUCAAUGUUGUUUUUAUUGUAAUAGCCCACCGCUAGCAUGUGUACCCUGAAGUUAGCGUAGUGUCCGAUCUUUCGACAAAAAGUGGACCAUGAUGAUGAUGCUAGACUUUGUAGCACAAUACAAACCAAGAGAAUAGUCUCUCUUUGUUUUGUCCUUUUUUUUUUUAAAUUCACUUUCAUAUCAAUGCAAAGGAAGAUGACCAAUAAACAAACACUACCACAAGCAA